AUGCGUUUGGCAAAACUGUUUUCUUUUACGUGGACUUUUGGUUUUUUGCUUUGCAAAUUGGUUCAUUAUAUGCAAAGCGUGUCUGCCAUUUGCAGCGUAUUGACAUUGACGGCAAUGAGCCUGGAAAGAUAUUACGCAAUAGUUCAUCCAAUGAAAGCUCAAUAUAUAUGUACCAUAAGCCAAGCACGAAGAAUAAUCACAGCCACUUGGAUUUCAGCAUUUCUCCUAGCCGUACCUAUUUUAUUCGCACAGGUGUGA